ACUAGUAUAUACACAUAUAACAUAUUAUACAUAGCGAGUAAAUGGUAAAUGGUGAAUCUGAGGUGAAACUAGAGCAGUGAACAUUUGCCAAAAAAAGGUCACACUUUAUUUAAUUUCAAGUUGAUGGAAAUAUUGACCUACCCAACGGCACUACUACCAGCUAAAAUAGUUAAUAUUUAACGAGACAGUGAAUUCAAUAUCUAGCUGCAUUUUUUGACAAGGUAACUAAAAAAAAUGUCAGAUUUUGGACCAAUAACUUUAAAAUGGGACCCGAAGAAUUUAGAAAUCCGUACUAUGUCGGUGGAAAAAACCCUGGAGCCUCUAGUUCUCCAGGUAACAACACUAGUAAACACAAAGGGGCCGAGUAAGAAGAAAAAAGGCAAGUCGAAACGUGCUAGCGCGUUGGUGGGAACUGUAGAGAAAGCAACAGCUAAUUUCAUCGAACGUGGUGAGCAAAUCGCUUAUGAAAACCCGGAUAUCACCGCAGAAAUGCUGUGUGCCGUCGAAGAAGUUCGCAAGACGGGAGCUGCCAUGAGUAUCGCGGCCAGAGAAUUUUCCGAGGACCCUUGCUCUUCACUAAAACGGGGCAACAUGGUGAGAGCUGCGCGAAAUUUGCUGUCAGCUGUCACGCGUCUUCUGAUACUCGCGGACAUGGUAGACGUCCAUUUGCUGCUCAAGUCGCUGCAUGUCGUGGAGGAUGACUUGAGAAAGCUGGAGAACGCUUCCUCGCAGCAAGAGUUGCUGGAGAACAUAAAGCAGUUUGGACGAAACGCGUCUGAGCUGAUGAACCAGGCAGCCAAGAGACAGCAAGAACUCAAGGAUCCGCAGCUCCGCGAUGACCUGGCUGCCGCGCGAGCUGUUCUCAAGAAACACUCUACUAUGCUGUUGACUGCCUCCAAGGUCUACGUUCGCCAUCCAGAGCUAGCUGCUGCGAAAGCUAACCGCGACUACGUGCUGAAACAAGUUUGCGAGGCCGUCAAUACUAUUAAUGAUGUCGCGCAAGGAAAAAUGCCUCUUGACAGUCAACAUCCUUACGAUGGACCCGGUGAACUCGCGGCUGCCCUGGAUGACUUCGAUGAACGCAUGGUCAUGUCGCCGCUUGCUUACAAUGAAGUACGCACUAGACCCAGUCUUGAGGAGCGACUUGAAAGUAUUAUUAGUGGCGCGGCUCUCAUGGCAGACUCGUCUUGCACUCGCGACGAGAGACGCGAAAGGAUUGUCGCUGAGUGCAAUGCUGUCAGACAGGCUCUGCAAGAUUUACUCAGUGAAUAUAUGAAUAAUUUACAGCUAGCACGUCGACGGAAGCGGAUGGGCGUAAAGGAGCAGUCAGAAGGCCUGGAGCGUGCUAUAGAUCACAUGUGUCGUAAAACUCGAGAUCUCCGUCGUCAACUCCGCAAAGCAGUGGUGGACCACGUGUCUGACAGUUUUCUGGAGACCAACGUCCCACUGUUGGUCCUGAUAGAAGCUGCUCGCAAUGGCAGAGACAAGGAAGUCGAGGAGUACGCUCUGGUAUUCACCGAGCACGCAAACAAGCUGGUAGAAGUCGCGAAUUUAGUUUGCAGUAUGUCUGGAAACGAAGACGGCGUUAAAAUGGUCCGGUACGCCGCAGCGCAGAUUGAAAAUCUUUGUCCGCAAGUAAUAAACGCAGCACGUGUGCUGGCAGCACGUCCACAGUCUAGAGUCGCGCUGGAUAACAUGGAAGUUUUUAGACAAGCUUGGGAGAAUCAGGUCCGAGUUCUCACCGAAGCAGUCGAUGACAUUACCACAAUCGACGACUUCCUGGCGGUUUCAGAGAACCAUAUCCUCGAAGAUGUCAACAAGUGCGUUCUUGCACUCCAAGAAGGCGACGCUGACACUCUAGACCGCACUGCUGGGGCGAUUCGCGGUCGAUCAGCGAGAGUUUGCAAUGUGGUCCAGGCGGAAAUGGACAAUUACGAGCCUUGCAUUUACACCAAGCGUGUCUUGGAAGCUGUUAAAGUUUUACGGGAGCAAGUGAUGCCUAAAUUCGCUCAGAGAGUUGAGAUAGCCGUAGACGCGCUGAGCAGCAACCCUGCGAAGGACGUCGACGAGAAUGACUUCAUUGAUGCAUCAAGACUCGUCUACGACGGGGUUAGAGAAAUCAGGCGAGCUGUCUUGAUGAAUCGUGCUGAUGAAGAUCUCGACCCGGAGGACGUCGAACUGGACGAACACUACACCCUGGAGACUCGCAGUAAAUCCAGUGCUCAGACUGGAGAACAUGGUGUUGAUGAAUACCCAGAGAUCAGUGGUAUUACCACAGCUCGCGAAGCUAUGCGUAAAAUGCCCGAAGAAGACAAGCAGAAGAUUCUGCAGCAGGUCGAGUACUUCAGAAGCGAAAAACUUAAAUUUGACAAGGAAGUUGCCAAGUGGGAUGACGCUGGUAAUGACAUUAUUGUCCUUGCUAAGCACAUGUGCAUGAUUAUGAUGGAGAUGACGGAUUUCACGCGAGGUCGUGGUCCUUUGAAGACUACUAUGGACGUCAUCACUGCGGCUAAGAAAAUUUCUGAGGCUGGUACCAAGUUGGACAAAUUGACCAGACAAAUUGCUGACCAGUGUCCUGAGAGCUCCACCAAGAAGGACUUGCUUGCUUACUUGCAGAGAAUCGCGCUUUAUUGUCAUCAGAUGAAUAUUACUAGUAAAGUUAAGGCUGAUGUUCAGAAUAUUAGUGGAGAGCUUAUUGUUUCUGGGCUGGACAGCGCUACGUCGCUUAUUCAAGCUGCUAAGAACUUAAUGAACGCUGUGGUUCUUACUGUCAAGGCUUCGUAUGUUGCGUCUACUAAAUAUCCUAGGCAGUCCAAUGUUACUUAUUCACCAAUAGUUGUCUGGAAAAUGAAAGCACCGGAGAAAAAACCACUAGUACGUCCAGAACGGCCUGAAGAAGUAAGAGCUAAAGUACGAAAGGGCUCGCAAAAGAAAGUACAGAAUCCAAUUCACGCACUAUCGGAAUUCCAAAGUCCGACGGAUACUGUAUAAAAUAAUUAACAACAUAACAAUAAUAAUAUAUAUGAUUAAAUGAAUUAUUAGAGAAUAUAAAAAAUAAUACACAUAAAAAAUGAUAAUUAACAAUUAAAUAAUUAAAAGUCUUUGAAUCAUGUUGAGGCAAUUUUUCCAGAGUAAGUAUUGUCUUUACACUUUUAUAAUCAUUUACAUGGUUGUAUCGGGGAGUUUUUCUCUUUAUUUAAGUACAUACCAAUGAUUUAUUAUUUUUAAUUAUUUAUCGUAUUGAUAGUUAGUAUUUUGUCUACGGAUAUUUAUAAAAGUAAAUAACAGCAAUAUUUGUUAUUUUUAGUCGGAAAUUUUUUAUUGACAAAAUUUUCAAGCAAUCUGAUCAAAUUGAAUUUUUUUUUUUUGUACUAAACAAUUUACAAAAAAUUAUGUACUGUUUUUUUUUACAUAGUUUAGGACUUCAAAAGGCAACUAAAAUUAAAAGCUCAAUAAUUGAUAAUUUAAAAAUUAACCAAUUGAAUCAGAAGCUAACGAGACUGUUAAGUAUUCAAAAAAAUGUACCUCAAGUACAUUAAAAAUUUAUAUAAAAUUUUUUUUUUAUAAACUAAAUUUAAGUUUUUUAAAUUAGUGAAUAAUUGUCAUAAAUAAAGUAUGUUAUAAAUUAAUAAACUAAAGCAAUCAAAGGCCUCGGUGGUUUGUACGAAUUUUCUACCAGUUUUUACAAAUUACUUGUGGAACUAAAGACGAACAACAUAUCACAAGGGUUUCUUUAUUCUAUUGAGUAAUUG